AUGACGUCGGUUCCCGCGGAGUACGUCUUCAAUCGCGGCGGCGAGACGGUGUGUUCCCGCACGUUGUUACGAAUCUCGUCAGCCCUUCCAGUUCUCACCACCUCGUCCGCGCCGCAGGUUGUCGUCCACGCCGAACGCGCGGCAGAAUUUCCGGAGGAGACGUCGUCCCGAGCGUGCGAUGAGACCGGGCACGUCGCGUGGCAAGCGCUGCCGAUCUUGUGCCACUUCAUACUAUCCGAGAGAGGGCAGAGGUUGAUGCGAGAUUCGCGUGUUCUCGAGCUGGGAGCUGGCAUAGGCGUCCCCGGCCUUCUCGCCGGGCGCGUGUGCAAGGAGGUCGUCCUCACGGACAGCAACGACAUGGUCGUGGAACGACUGCGACGCAACGUUGAACUCAACGCCGCGGACAUGACGUGCGCGGGCGACGCCGUGAGGGUCGCGAACGUCGCCUGGGGAGCGGAGCUGUACCCGCGAGACGACGUCCUCGAGCGCGGCGCGUUCGACGUCGUCCUCGGCAGCGACGUCGUGUACUCCGCGACCUCCGCGAGGACGUUCCUUCAGACCGCGAAGCUCGCGAUGGCGAAGACGCGCGGGGUGACGGCGUUGGCGUACAUCCCGCGCUGGCCCGCCGUGGACAGGGCGCUUUACGACGCGCUCCGUGAGUUGGAACUCGCCGCGGAGGUCGUCCCGCUGCGUUCGUUCUCACCGUCGGGGGUUGACUUUUCAUUCGAUGGGCAUUCGCUGCCGAGAGGAACGUGCUUACUUCUGAUACGGUGUGUUGGUGAUUGUGAUGAUGACGAAGUCGAGGAGAUUGCACCGCCGCCGUCGAUCGUCACCCGAGAGCAUGUGCUCGAGGUUACCAUCGGUCCCGAGCACAUCGACGACAUUUUACCGGAAACAUGUCGUGCUGCCGGGUUGGGGAAUGAACGUUCACCCGCAGGGUCUCUUAUCGUCGACGCGACUGGCCCGUUUGCCGUCACCCAAGAUCAAGUUGAAGUCCUCAGCAAGUCACUUGGUGCGUCGCCUCUCUGUGGAAGCGUGUCAAAAUUCACAGUGCGCGAGUGUUGGAUCGGAGACAAAUGGCCUUCCAUGGCGCGCGGGUUGUCCUCGUGUGCACAGUCGCUCGCUCUGCUCCACGCUAAUGGAGACGAGAUAGGUUCCGUUGCCGCGGGUGUGGUUGGCGAUUUCACGUCGUCUUGCCCGAAUUUACACACCCUGGACUUGUCGAGAAACCCGUUCGGUGAUGCUGGCGCAGAGGCGUUCGCCGUCGGCUUCGCUUCUUGCGCCGCGCUUUCUUCGUUGACUCUUGCACACUGCCACAUCGGUGACGGAGGAGCGGCAGCACUCGCGAGGGCGUUCCCGCGAUCACUCACGACGCUGAAUUUGUCCAAUAACGAAAUCACCGCGCUCGGUCUGUCAGACAUCGCCACCGCACUUCGUCUUGGGAAGACACCUUUGUUGACGCACUUGAUUCUCAGCGGGAAUGAAAUUGGUCCUGCUUGCGGAGCGGAACUCGCGGAAGCACUUCCAGUUGGCACUCCUGAUCUCGAGUACAUCGACCUACGCGGGUGUUCACUAACCGAUCCUGGACUCGCGUGGUUGGCUCCUUCGCUUCCAUCUUGCAAAAAUCUGACAACAAUGCACCUAGGAAGCAACGGCGUAGGCGACGUCGGCGCUGCCGCCCUCGCGUCGUCGCUUGCGGCGUGUCCCAAAUUGAAACAUCUAGGUCUGGCGAUGAACUCAAUAGCCGAUGGUGGCGCUUGGGAUCUCGUCGAGGAACUAGUGGGGUGUAAAUCGCUCGUGAGCUUAAAUCUCAAAGGCAACGGACUAGGCGACGAAGGCGCGUCCGCCAUCGCGGAUAUCCUCGCGGAGGUACCAACGCUCGAGGCUGUAAAUUUAUCAGACAACGACGUGGGAGAAGAAGGAGCAGCCGCACUCGCGGAAUGCUUCGAGAAGGUGUUCACGGACUCAGCCGGGAUUUUUCCAUGGGUCAGAGGUUUAACUGUCGUACUGGAGAAUAAUGAGUUGUCCAAAGAGGUGAGACAGAGGCUUGAGACCGCGGCGAGUAGCGUCGCAGCUACGGUGAAAUUUUCUGCGUUAGUCGUCCGAGGAACAGGUUUUGGGCGCUGA